ACCCGCAGCAGAACACGGAAUCGCUCUCCCCUCUCUCUCUCUCCUCCGCAAAUAUAAAAAGGAAAAACCAACGGUGCUGAUAAGCAUCACUCUCAUCCCAGUCGUCUCCUCUCUCCUUUCUUCUCCAGCGUCCGAUCUAAAAUCCUCCCUGCAAUCUGCAUCUCUCGCGCCAAAUAAAAUCAAACAGCUAGGGUCUCAAUGGCGGAAGCUCCCGUGAGUCCAGGCGGCGGCAGCCACGAGAGCGGCGGCGACGGGAGCGGAAGCCCGCGCUCCAACGUUCGGGAGCAGGACCGGUAUCUUCCGAUCGCCAACAUCAGCCGUAUCAUGAAGAAGGCGCUUCCUCCGAACGGCAAAAUCGCCAAGGAUGCCAAGGAAACCGUCCAGGAAUGCGUUUCUGAGUUCAUCAGCUUCAUCACCUCCGAGGCGAGUGACAAGUGCCAGAGAGAGAAGAGGAAGACGAUCAACGGUGAUGAUUUGCUCUGGGCAAUGGCAACUUUAGGCUUUGAGGAUUAUAUCGACCCCCUCAAGGUUUACCUCACCAAAUACAGAGAGGUGGAGGGUGAUACCAAGGGCUCGGGGAAGGGCGGAGAUUCAUCUUCCAAGAAAGAUGCUCAGCCAAGUCCAAAUCCUCAGAUUGCUCGCCAAGGUUCUUUCUCCCAAGGAGGGAAUUACUCAAAUUCUCAAAAUUGCAAGUAUAUGCUGGAUGAUCAUUUGCUUGUGGAAAAUGGAUAAGGUUGUCUCUAUGCAAAAUAAAGUGAAAGCUGCACUCCUACACUUAAACAUGCAUGGUUUGAGUGACAUGUUUCUGGUAACAAUACAUUAAUUUGGCUUGACAUGAAACAGUAGUGUAAUUUUGGCCACCCUGAACGUCUGUUGAAAGUUUCUGCAGAGUUUGUAGUUGCUGCUAUGUUUUUCUUUUCACCCAAUGCAUGCUAGGUAGGUGUGUGCCUUCCAAUAGUUAAGGCUAGCGCUAUAAUGUAUACAUUUGGCUGGGGAGAUAAUGAGAUGUGGCAAGCCACUAAGAGCACUGUAUUGUGUUUUAGUUCCGCUUCGAGCUUUCCAAUAGUUGAGUCUAGCUUCAAUAAUGUUAAAUUUUGGGUAGGGAGAACAUGAGAUGAAUGUCAUACCAGCUGUGCGGCAAAGUUACUGAUGAAAGAUUCUUAAAUCUUCAGAUGACAUUUCUGCAUGUCAAGGAUUUUUUGAGCCUGCCUUUUGUGAUAUUAUGCUUCGUCUGUUUGGCUUGUGUUACAAUUCUAUUGUACAUGAUUAUUGCUUUUCAUU